UUAAAAAAUGAUUAUGUUCAAAUAGGGACAGAGAGAAAGUAAUUUAUAAAAUAUUGUAAAUUCUGUGAGUGCAAGCAUUAAGAAAAUGUUAAAGAAUAAUUUAUUAAGGACAUCGUGGUGUAAACUACGCACUCGGUACAUGCACAAAAAUGCAUCUAUUUCAAAAGAAGAGCUUAAAGAUAAAGAAUGUAAUGUUGCAAAAAUACGAAACAUUGGCAUAUUGGCGCACAUUGAUGCUGGAAAAACUACUACAACCGAAAGGAUGUUGUUUUAUUCUGGUCUUAUCAGAAAUAUGGGAGAAGUACAUCAUGGCAAUACAGUAACUGAUUACAUGGAGCAAGAGCGCCAGCGUGGGAUAACCAUCACUUCAGCUGCUGUUACAUUUAAUUGGAAAGAUUAUCGGUUUAAUUUGAUAGAUACUCCAGGUCAUAUUGAUUUUACCAUGGAGGUUGAACAAACUUUGCAAAUAUUAGAUGGUGCAAUUAUAGUUCUAGAUGGUUCUGCUGGUGUGGAAGCCCAGACCCUAACAGUUUCCAGACAAGCAGACAGGUACAAUAUUCCUCGCAUAAUCUAUAUUAACAAAAUGGAUAGAGCAGAUGCUGACUUUGACAUGAGUUUACAGUCUAUUGAAUCCAAAUUAAACAUAGAAACACUACCUAUUCAAAUUCCCAUGAAGGAAGCAGGGGUCUUAAAAGGUAUCAUAGAUGUAAUAACUAUGGAAAAGUUAACAUUUGAUGAGAAACAUCAAGGUAUCAAUCUAAUAAAAACAAAAAUAACCGAAAACGAUAAAAGACUAUGGGACAUAGUCAGUGAAAAGCGACGAAUAUUGACUGAUAGAUUAUCAGGCUUGGAUGAUAAACUAGCUGAUAUCAUUAUAGAACAAGAAUCUUUGGAAAAUGUGCAAUCGCAAAUAUUAGUCGAUUCGUUACGCAGAAUCACCAUAAGUAAGAAAGGUGUGCCUGUAAUAUUGGGGAGUUCCUACAAGAAUAUAGGAGUACAGCCUCUAAUGGAUAGCGUCAUUUUAUAUCUGCCGUCGCCGGCAAAUAUAAAACAUUUAAAUCCAUAUAAAUAUUUCGACAACAAUCUAGCAGCCAGAGUCUUCAAAAUUGUUCAUGAUAAGCAGAGAGGUCCGAUCACCUUCUUCAGAAUCUAUUCCGGCAGUAUGAAGAAGGGCCAGAAGCUGUAUAAUAUGACGCGCGAACAAAGCGAACAGUGUACUCGUCUAUACAUCGCCUGCGCCGAUGAUUAUGAAGAAGUGGCCGAAGUAAGGCUUGGCAAUAUCGCGGCUGUAGGUGGAUUAAAGAGCACUAUCACAGGCGACCUGGUGACAACGAGCAUGUCCAUUGGCAGUCGCGCUAAAAACACUAUGCUAAAGGAAAAUUUAAACCGACCGGACUACGUGAACAAUUUCUUCGCAUCUGGAGCGAACCUACUUGAUCCUGUCUUUUUCUGUUCUAUAGAACCACCUUCUUUGUCAGCGCAGUCUGCCUUAGAGACUGCACUUGAGGAAUUGCAGAGAGAGGAUCCUAGUCUGCGCGUAAGAAAUGAUCCAGAAACGGAACAAAUCGUUCUCGCGGGAAUGGGAGAAUUGCAUAUAGAGAUCAUUAAAGAGAGAAUCAAGAAAGAGUAUAAAAUCGACGUAGAUUUAGGUCCUUUGCAAAUCGCCUAUAAAGAAACGAUUCAGGACGCCGUUAAAGAUACGCUAAUUAUGGAACACAGGAUAGGCCAGACAAGUCACCAAGUUAAUAUCACUAUGUCCUUGACUCCCAAUUACGAAGGAAACAAGAAGUUGCUUCUAGAUAGAUCUCCUGAAAACGCAUCAAAUAUUAAUAGCAUUCAUCCGCGAGUAUUAAAUGCAAUAAAAAAUGGAGUUGAUUCUGCCUUGUUGCACGGCACCAAGUUAAGUUGUCCGGUAAUUAAUGUUGGCGUCAAGUUGCACCGGCUAGAGAUAGGACGCAAUACUUCGGACACCAUAGUUUCCGCCGCUGCUUCGCAAUGUAUUCGAAAGUUGCUCCAAAGUGGAAAUAGUAUGUUACUGGAACCUAUCAUGCAAUUGGAAAUCGUUGCGUCAGAGGAAUAUUUCCCGAGUAUCAAUGCUGAUCUCGCUCGUAGACGAGCAGAAAUACAGCAAAUCGACAUGCGUGGCAAUAAUAAGGUGAUCAAAACUCUUACACCAUUAUCUGAAUUAUUAGGAUAUUCAACAACAUUGAGAAUCAUCACAUCGGGUACCGCUACAUUUUCAAUGGAAUUUAGUCAUUAUCAGCCAAUGAUCGCCGUUGUCGAGGACAAAACAAUUGAGAAACUUAAAGGAUUUUAAAAUAUGUAAUUACAAGAAAUAAUGAAAAAAUA